GCGAAACCAACUCAGAAACGACCUGAACCGCCAAGAUGGAGGUUCUCUGCAAAAUAUUAACGGUGUGCUUGCUGCUAGUCGGCGCUCAGGCGUUCGCGGCUGUUGAACCAGCCAAGAGCUCCAAGGAGCUAACUUGGCAGUCUCUGUUCUUCGAUGCUGUCACUGGAAAGCUUCAGGAGCCUCAGGCUGAUGAGCUCAUCGACUUUGAGGAGUGCACUGCCCUUUACACUGUGGAUAACAUUGUGAUUCUGUUGACGGCUGGUUACAAAAUUCAACGUUGUAACAAUGUGGCCGCUAAGGAUAUCGAGAGAUAUUUGGAACGAGAGGAUGCCAUCUACACGAAGCACCACUUCGAAAGGGAGUUGAUUAGCUGCUCCCGCCGCCAAUACGACGCCCGCGAAUGUUACGCGGAUACCGUCCUGAAUCUGUUCAGCUCGGUGCGUUCGAACCGCUACGAUCAUCGCCGUCGCAAGGCCUGCGUUUUCCGUGAGCUUACAAAGGCAUUUGUUAAGCUUGAUGCUGCUUCCAUCUCCCUGGCCAACUGCCUCGCCGAGGCUCAGCCCCAACCACAACCGCCACAGAACAGCACCGUGGCACCACCGCCACAGAACACCACCGCCGGCGGACCUAGCUGGAACACCACCAAUUGGCCCAAUACCAACACCACCCCGAACUUUACCCUCUCAACCUUGCCACCUAACCUAAACACUACUGAAGGUCCAUGGUGGGGAAACAACUCGACUCAAGGUCCUUGGGGAAACAACUCCACCCAAGGUCCAUGGGGAAACAGCACUACUGAAGGUCCAUGGUGGGGAAACAACUCUACCCAAGGCCCAUGGGGAAACAACUCUACCCAAGGCCCAUGGGGAAACAACUCGACUCAAGGUCCAUGGGGAAACAGCACUACUGAGGGUCCAUGGUGGGGAAACAACUCUACCCAAGGCCCAUGGGGAAACAACUCGACUCAAGGUCCAUGGGGAAACAACUCGACUCAAGGCCCAUGGGGAAACAGCACUACUGAAGGUCCAUGGUGGGGAAACAACUCUACCCAAGGCCCAUGGGGAAACAACUCGACUCAAGGUCCAUGGGGAAACAACACGACUCAAGGUCCAUGGGGAAACAGCACUACUGAGGGUCCAUGGUGGGGAAACAACUCUACUCAAGGUCAAUGGGGAAACAACUCGACUCAAGGUCCAUGGGGAAACAGCACUACUGAAGGUCCAUGGGGGGAAACAACUCUACCCAAGGCCCAUGGGGAAACAACACGACUCAAGGUCCAUGGGGAAACAGCACUACUGAAGGUCCAUGGGGGAAACAACUCUACCCAAGGUCCAUGGGGAAACAACACGACUCAAGGUCCAUGGGGAAACAGCACUACUGAGGGUCCAUGGUGGGGAAACAACUCUACUCAAGGUCCAUGGGGAAACAACUCGACUCAAGGUCCAUGGGGAAACAACACGACUCAAGGUCCAUGGGGAAACAGCACUACUGAGGGUCCAUGGUGGGGAAACAACUCUACCCAAGGCCCAUGGGGAAACAACUCUACCCAAGGCCCAUGGGGAAACAACACGACUCAAGGUCCAUGGGGAAACAGCACUACUGAAGGUCCAUGGGGAAACAACUCUACCCAAGGUCCAUGGGGAAACAACACGACUCAAGGUCCAUGGGGAAACAGCACUACUGAGGGUCCAUGGUGGGGAAACAACUCUACCCAAGGCCCAUGGGGAAACAACUCGACUCAAGGUCCAUGGGGAAACAACACGACUCAAGGUCCAUGGGGAAACAGCACUACUGAGGGUCCAUGGGGGGGAAACAACUCUACCCAAGGUCCAUGGGGAAACAACUCCACCCAAGGCCCAUGGGGAAACAGCACUACUGAGGGUCCAUGGUGGGGAAACAAUUCUACCCAGGGCCCCUCAGGAGGAAACCGAACCCAAGGUCCAUGGUGGGGAAAUUCUACACAGGGACCAAACCUGAACACCACCCAAGGUCCAUGGUGGGGAAAUAAUUCAACUCAAGGUCCUUGGGGAAAUAACACCACCGAAGGUCCGUUGCUGAACAGCACCACGCCCAGCUGGAACAGCACCACCAUUGGCCCCAACAGCAACUCCACUCAAAGUCCGUGGAUUGGAAACUCGACACAGGGACCCUGGAACUCGAACACCACCGCCUCACCCUGGUGGAACAGCACCACUGCCGUCUGGAACACCACCACCGUCGACGACAAAACCACCACCAAGGGCAACUGGUUCGAUCAGCUGCUCCACGACAUCGGAUCCAUCUUCUAGACCGAAAAAGCCACGAGAAGCUCAACCUAAAUGGGCAGGGGCCGUAGUCUAAGCUUUAGGCCAGCAUAUAAAUAAAUUUAUCAGCAUUGAAAA